GUUGAACAGGUGCUAAAACAACACAUUUCCGGAACAGCUGCACAACGCGCCAGCUUGCUCUACACCCCUCGACCAUCCUCACCCAGCUUCAGCCGUAAGAGACGAUAUAGCACAAACUCCAGCCAUCCGCGAUCGCCUACCCCUGUCCACGAUGCAGCAGCAUCCCAACUACGGCCAUUCGCCGCCGCUUCAUCAUCCCGUGCCGCAGCAUGUCUCGACCGUCCCGCAGCUGCGAUCGCCUCCGCCGCUGACCUCGUCGUCGCAACCACAGCAGCCGGGCGCCUACGGUAACCCCUACCAGCAAGGUACGCCCGCGAGCACCGGUAACGUAUUCGGCGCCUACGGCAAUUUCAUGAACGACCCCAUGGCCGCCCAGUUCGUGGGGCAGGUCGGCCAGAAUGCCUUCAAACAGGUCGAGCAAAACAUGAACCGAUGGAUCAACUUCUCCGCGCUUAAACACUACUUCAACGUCUCCAACAAAUACGUCAUCAACAAGCUCUUCCUCGUCCUCUUCCCCUGGCGGCACAAGCCUUGGUCGCGGAGACAGGCCGUAGGGCCCAACGGCCAGGAGGGAUGGUACCUGCCGCCGCGCGACGACAUCAACAGCCCCGACAUGUACAUCCCGGUCAUGGCGCUCGUCACCUACAUCCUACUCUCGACCUUGCUCGCCGGUCUACGGGGCCAGUUCCAGCCCGAGCUACUCGGAUACACCGCCUCCACCGCCGGCGCCGUGGUCAUACUCGAGAUACUGCUCUUGAAGCUGGGCUGCUACUUUCUGAGCAUAUCGAACGAGUCGCAGCUCCUCGAUCUCGUGGCCUACUCGGGAUACAAGUUCGUCGGCAUCAUCGUCACCGUUGCCAUCGCCGAGCUCGUGAACGGCGGCAAGGGGACCGGCGGCUGGAUCGGAUGGUCUGUCUUCUUAUACACAUUCCUGGCCAAUUCUCUCUUUCUGAUGCGGUCAUUGCGCUACGUAUUACUACCGGAGAGCUCGGGAGGGGACGCGCGUGGCCCUAUGCAGACAGACACGAGGACGAAGCGGAACCAACGAACGCAGUUCCUGUUCGCGUAUUCGUAUCUCAUCCAGCUCUUGUUCAUGUGGAUUCUUAGCAGAGGCUAGAAGGCGUCCAGAUCCGACGGCGAGUAUUAAGCCGCACAAGCACAGAACCUGGCGCCGAGUCGUAAACUCGAUGCUCGCCAGCUUUUACAUCCGACUAGACAGCGUUCCUUGGGAAGACUCUAUAGUCAGGGAACGGAAGGGAGCGGGAAGGGAAAACAAAAAAUUUUUUUUCUUUUGUUGGCACCGAAGUCCCAUCACCUGGAGUAACUCGUAAUCCCAACGUAACCGUUACUACGCGUGAGGGGACCUUUUGGUUACGCGGUUGGAUGCUUGCGUAUGUAAUCGCUAUACGUCCCCACUGGUCCACAGUCGUCUACACCAACACCGGUAUGGGAGGUUAAGGUAUGCACAGCGUGCCCAGCCGCACCGUCGGUAAUCCCGACACCGCGGAAUCCCACUUUGAGCUGCCGGGCGAGUAAGCCAAUAACAACUGGCCUUCACCAUGGAUCCCUGCUUAGAUAAGUGCGGACA